AUAAAAGGACAGGAGAAGGAAGGAUGAGUCUUAUUAUUCAGGUGCUACAUUGAGACUUAAGAGUUCUUGACUUUGACACAGACUUCUUGUAGUUUUGGACAGGUUGCAUAGGAUGCAAAUGUUGAGUGACUAAUUGUAGAGUAACCAGGUUCCAAACACUGGUGGUUCUUGAUGUGGCCCGAUAGCAUCUUCUUAAGUUACAGAAAUGGAGUGCCAUUAUUCUGUCUGGGGAGUUUUGGCAUUUCUGAGUUUGGCUCUGGUUGUUUCAUUGAUACUGAAUAUUUCACACUAUAUGCAAAAGAAACAAGCUAAAGUGUAUAAAGACUAUGAAGACAACUGUCCAAGCUACGAUGACUAUUACACAGAAGAUGACCCAGUUUAUGGCAAUCUCAAUCAAGGUACUUUUGAGGAAUGUUGUUACGAGCAGAUGAAGUCCCAGCCUCAAAGGCCAGUUAACCAACUACAGGUGGAGUCUGCCAAUCAGAUGUGUUAUGCCUCACUUGAUCACAGCAUCAAGGGAAAACGCAGAAAACCAAGGAGAAAGAAAGACACAUCAUUAGAGGAGGAUGAAGAAGAUAGAUCAUGUAACCCCACCACGAUGGCUUCCAAAGUUAGCAUUUACCUCAAUAGCGAGCAGCUGGCUGCUGAAAACGUAGAAGCCAUUCAUGAUGAUCCCAUCAGAUAAACAAGUUUGAUUCAUACUACAAAAGGAGAGAAUAUUUGAAAUGGCUUCACGAGCCAAAUACGUAAUCUGUAAAGUGAGAUCUGCUUGUUCAUUCUGGUGGAACAGUGAAUGAUUAGAGAUAAUAUCCUGGCAAACUGACAAACCAAACGAUGGUAUAAAAUGGACAAGUGUUCCAAAGUGUCUUCCAAGCACAUUCAUGAGCUAAGCAAGAACUAAGAUCCAGAGUGCCACUUUGAAGGAUCUGCCCUUCUGAAGACAUUUUGAAAGGGGGUUUGUAGAAGCUAGUAUCUCAGCAUUCACACAGUGUUGAUUUCAGUAAGAAUUAAUUCUUUGUUUAAAACAACCAUCAACUUUCAAACAGUCCCAGAAGACGCACUCUGUUGUCUGUAAAGCUCUAGCAGAGUAUAACUAUUCUUCUAUAUAGGUUUUAACGGUACUUUUGGAAGGAAAUUGUGUUUCAUGCUUGCACACUUAAUGAUUUAGUUGUUUUCCCAAUUAAAAACUGUUCUGCUGUUCAACAUUGUGUACUUCCUCACUGUGACUGGCCAAUGGUAAUAACACAAUAUAUCUAAAGCUAAAUGGAGAAUAAUUUAACAGCUUGUUUAAAGUAGUGAUUGUACAUCUCACAAGAUUUAACAAUAUCCUUAUAUAUCUUUAUUUUCCUUCUGUGAGCAAUACCAGAAUACAUCUCAAAUCUCGACGCCUCUACUAACGUUAUGUUGUAUCCAGAUGUAUUCAAGAGUCCACAAAAAUAUUGGCAAAUGAUCUGUAACAAUAAGUCUCC